AUGAAAACCGCAAAGGUGAACAGUACAAUAAAGAAGGGAAAAGCGAAAAAGGUUAAGACCACCAAAUCAACAGAGAAAACUCCUCUUACCUGGACUUUUUCCUUCCAUGAGGUUAAAAGACAGCAGGCUUCGCUCCUUUUCAUAGCUUGGGACGAGGAUGAUAGCGGCCGCAUACCGCGUCAGCACCUACUUUCCAUACUCUACGCACUGUUUCCAUCGGCUAAUUCAAUGGGAGACGGUAAAGUGGGGGAGAGACCAAGUGCACUCAGCUUACGCGAAAUUCGCGAUGCCUUCCUAAUGACAGUUGGACGUCCCCUUUCGGAAAUGUCGUACGUAACGCUGAAGGAUGUAUGCAGUGUUUUAGAUAGUUUGUGGGCGUCACCCGCAAGGCGUGAGCGAAUGGCGCAGGGCUGCCUUUACAGCGUAUUUACUAGUGUGGCAGAUUCGGGGCAUAUGAUGACACGCAGUGCCCUCGUGGAGGCGUGUAAUCAUAUUGCUGGUGCCGCGAUCAGCGAAGGAAUGGCCGAAGCAAUUCUUAGUCCUCACGGUAUCGCUGCUGGUCUGCUGAACGAAGGGGAGAGUAAGAUAAAUUUUUCAGGAUUUUGUAAAAUCAUGCUUCCCUUACUCGCAGUCUGA